CAGCUGCGGGAACAUGGCGCAGCCUCUCUGGAUCAACUUUAACGGAACCCGUGGAAACUCUUCCACCACACACGACUAGUCCCAACCGUCAGGUUUUUUGACAGCCAGCAUCGCCGGGUGACCGACUGGAGACUCGUGUCCCGAGUUUUAAUGUUGUCUGCAAGUUUUCCUGCUCUGACUCGGAGCUGCAGCCGCCGCCGUGGGAUGAAAGUUUGGAUCUAGCGGAGAUGGAAAAGCAAAGACCCAGGAAAGAGAAGUUCUCUCUCUUUGGCUCUCGCUCCACCAGCAAAACCACCAACCCUCCCUCUUCCUCCUCUUCCUCUCCUGUGAUCUGUUCAUCACAUGCGCAUGAACAGGUGGAUCGACUGUCCGGCUGCGGGCCCGCCGUCCUGAGCAAAGCCGACUUCCUGGAGCGCGUACGCCACAGUAAUCUGGCCUGCCAGCAGGGGGAGUUUGAACUGGCCGUGCGUCUCUACACGGAAGCGCUCAGCGCUGACCCGCAGAACUGCAUCCUGUACAGCAACCGCUCGGCAGCGUAUCUGAGACUGGGCCAGUACAGCACGGCUCUGGACGACGCCAUCAAGGCUCGCCUCAUCAACCCCAAAUGGCCCAAGGCUUACUUUCGUCAGGGGGUUGCCCUGCAGUACCUGGGUCGCCAUGCCGAUGCCCUGGCGGCAUUCGCCUCCGGCCUCGCACAAGACCCCAAGAGCCUCCAGCUGCUGGUCGGCAUGGUGGAGGCUGCCAUGAAGUCACCGCUCAGAGGCUCACUUGAGCCCACUUACCAGCAGCUGCAGAAGAUGAAGCUGGACAAGAGUCCAUUCGUGGUCGUGUCAGUCAUCGGCCAGGAGCUGCUGACCCACGGUUUCCAUGGCGCCUCUGUCGUAGUGCUGGAGGCGGGGUUGAAGAUCGGCACGUGUUCGCUAAAGCUUCGCGGGUCCGUCUUCUCCGCGCUGAGCUCUGCGUACUGGUCUCUAGGCAAUGUGGAGAAGAGCAUGGCCUACAUGCAACAGGACCUGGAUGUGGCCAAGACUUUAGGGGAUCAGUCAGGUGAAUGCCGUGCUCAUGGGAACCUCGGCUCUGCCUUCUUCUCUAAAAGCAACUACAGAGAAGCUCUGGCCAACCACAGAAACCAGCUGGUGCUGGCCAUGAAGCUCAAGGACAGAGAAGCCGCGUCCGGCACCCUCAGCAGUCUGGGCCACGUGUACACAGCCAUCGGCGACUACCCCAACGCCCUGGCCAGCCAUAAACAGUGCGUGCUGCUGGCGCGACAGAUGCAGUGCCAGCUCUCCGAGGCUCGCCAGCUGGGCAACAUGGGCGCUGUUUACACAGCGCUGGGAGACUUCACCAACGCUGUGCAGUGCCACGAGCAGCACUUGGACAUUGCAAAGACUUUGGAGAACCAGCGGGAGGAGGCGCGGGCGUACAGCAACCUGGGCAGUGCAUACCACUCUCAGCGGGACUUUGACAAGGCCAUAUCGUACCAUACCAGAGUGCUGCAGCUGGCACAGCAGUUGGCCGACAGAGCGAUCGAGAUGAGGGCGUAUGCUGGCCUGGGACACGCCGCCCGAUGCAUGCAGGACUUGGAACGGGCGCAUCAGUACCACCAGAACCAGCUGGAGAUUGCUGAGGAGCUGCAGGACAGACCAGCACAGGGCCGAGCCUCUUCCAACCUGGGCAUCAUACAUCAGAUGAAGGGGGAGUAUGAAAUGGCUCUGAAGCUCCACAAGGCCCACCUGUCCUUCGCUCAGGAGCUGGGGGACUACGCCGCCCUGGGGAGGGCCUACGGUAACAUGGGCAAUGCCUACAACGCACUUGGCGUCUAUGAACAGGCGGUGCGGUACCACCGCCAAGAGCUGCAGAUCUCUCUGGAGGUGAACGAUCGUUCAUCGCAGGCCUCCACACAUGGCAAUCUUGCUGUGGCCUAUCAGGCACUGGGGGCUCAUGACCGAGCUCUCCAGCACUACCUUCACCACCUGACCAUCGCACGAGAGCUGCGGGACACUCAAAGUGAAGCAAGAGCUCUAGCGAACCUGGGUAACUUCCACAGCUGGAGGGGUGAGUAUGCGCAGGCCUUGCCCUACUACCAGCAGUACCUGGCCUUGACCCCGGGGUUACAGGACCUGGAAGGGGAAGGAAAAGUCUGCCACAACCUUGGCUAUGCUCACUACUGCCUGGGACAAUACAGAGAUGCAGCCAGGUAUUAUGAGCAGGACUUGGCCUUGGCUAAAGACCUCCAGGACAAACUAGCUCAAGCCAAAGCGUACUGUAACCUGGGUCUGGCUCACAAAGCUCUGGGAGAGCACAACAAGGCGGAGGAGUGUCAAAGAUACCUGUUGUCGCUGGCGCGGACACUGGAUAACAGACAGGCCAUUUUCAGAGCACUCGGGAACCUCGGAGAUGUUUACGUGUGUCGGGGCGACCCCCAAGGAGCCGUGAAGUUUUACCAGCAGCAGCUGAGCCUGGCUCAGAAAGCCGGUGAGCAGAAGAUGGAGGCAGACGCUUACUCAGCGCUGGGAUCAGUUCACAGGCUGCUUCGACAGAUGGACCCAGCCUUAUCCUUCCACAGCCAGGAGCUGACCAUCCGCAAGGAUCUGGGUGAUCAGCAGGGUGAGUGCUGGGCCCUGGGCCACCUGGCAGCGGUCCACAUGGCCCUGGGGGACUACGCCACAGCCUUCCAGUGCUACGAGACCCAGCUCGGCUUGGCACUGGAGCUCAGGGACGCCUCUCUCGAGGCCCAGGUCCACGGCAACAUGGGCAUCACCAAGAUGAACAUGGGGGUAUUUGAGGAAGCGAUAGGGUAUUUUGAGCAGCAGCUGGCCAUGCUGCAGCAGCUGAGUGGAGCCGAGGCCAUGCUGGACAGAGGCAGGGCCUUUGGGAACCUCGCAGACUGCUACGACUCGCUGGGAGACUACGAAGAGGCCGUCAAGUACUACGAGAAGUACCUGACGGUGGCUCAGAGCCUCAACCACGUCCAGGACCAGGAGAAAGCCUACCGAGGGCUCGGCAAUGCUCACAGGUGCAUGGGCAAUCUCCAGCAAGCACUGGUGUGCUUUGAGAAGCGCUUGGUGGUGGCUCACGAACUGGGAGGGGAAGGAGGGGGGAAGGCUCAGGCUUACGGCGAGCUGGGUACCUUACACAGUCAGCUAGGCAACUACGAGCAGGCCCUGUCCUGCCUGGAGCACCAGCUGAACAUCGCUCACUCAGCCGGGGAUAAAUCUUUGGAGGCAGAGGCAAGCGGCGCGCUCGGAGGCGUUUAUCAGCUCAUGGCAGACAACGAGACGGCUCUGCAGUGGCACCAGAGAGCCUUGGACAUAGCGGAACAGACGGGCUGCGUGAGGAGCCAGGGCCGUGCCUACGGUAACCUCGGAAUGACCUACGAAGCUCUGGGAAACUACGAGCGAGCCGUUGUCUUCCAGGAGCAGCAUCUCAGCGUGGCUGCGCAGACCAACGACCUGCUGGCUAAAACCCUGGCCUAUGGGAGCCUGGGGAGGACACACCACGCUCUGCAGAACUACGCUCAGGCCGUCAUGUACCUGCAGGAGGGUCUGCGUCUCGCUGAGCAGUUAGCUCGCAAAGAAGAUGAAGCGAAGAUCCGCCAUCGCCUUGGUCUGUCUCUGUGGGCCAGCGGGAACCUGGAGGAGGCCCAACACCAGUUGUACAGAGCGUCUGCGCUGUUUGAGACGUUUCGCCACGAGACGCAGCACAGCCUGGAUUACAAGCUAUCCCUCUUUGAUCUGCAAACCAGCUCAUACCAGGCUCUCCAGAGAGUCCUUGUCAGCCUUGGCCGGCACGAUGAGGCGCUGGCCAUAGCCGAGCGAGGGCGAACCCGAGCAUUUGCCGACCUCCUGGUUGAACGCCAGAAAGGAAGUCAGCAAGCGCCGGGUGCCGACCCUUACAUCCCGGUCACCGUGGAGCAGAUCUUGGAGACGGUCAACGGUCAGAGGGCCGUGGUCCUCUACUAUUCUCUGGCGGGGGGGUUUCUGUACAGCUGGCUGUUAUCUCCAGGCUCAGGUAUCGUGAAGUUUCACGAGACGUAUCUGGGAGAGGCGGGAGCGGAGACGCCCGAGUUUCAGGACGGAGGAGGAACCCCGCAGGGUGCAGGCCCGUUGUCCCUGGAGCAGUACAUCACCAAUGCCAGGGAGGCUCUGGGUGUGGACAUCCAUCAGAGCAGAGCCUGCUCCAGCAGCGAAACGGAGAGUGAAGCUGGAGAUCUGCUGGAGCAGCAGUUCGAGGACCUGAACAACACCGACCCGUCAGGCUAUCUCCGGAUGGUGUCCAGAAAUAAUCUCUUUAACAGAAGCUGUCAGAGCAUGACGAGUCUGUACAGCACCACAGCAUCUUCUAUGAAGGACGGCUUAUCUCCUCUUUGUCGACCAAGUAGCAUUGGCAAACCUCCUCUGCGAGCCCUUUAUGAUCUACUCAUCGCGCCCAUGGAAGUGGGCCUGAUGCACAGCAGCGGACCAGUUGGCAGGAACAGGCAGCUCUUGUUAGUUCUGGAGGGGGAAUUGUACCUGAUCCCGUUCGCCUUGCUCAAAGGCAGCUCCUCCAACGAAUACCUGUAUGAAAGGUUCAGUCUCAUCUCUGUGCCUUCUUUAGCCAGCCUGGGAGCCACAGCCAAGCCUCAUCCUCGCCGCGGUGGGCCCCUGCUUUGCCCGGAUGGAGGCUCGGUGACUGCAGUGAUCGGAGCGCCGCGCCUGCCCGCCAGCGUCAUGGACCGCUGGUUGUGGGGGCCUUUACCGUCAGCCCAAGAGGAAGCCCUGUGGCUGGGGGAACAGCUGGGAUGUCACCCGCUGACUGGGGCAAACGCCACGAAGGAGCGUGUUUUGGCAGCCUUGAGUCAGGCAGAGUGCGUUCACUUUGCGACUCACAUAUCCUGGAAGCUCGCUGCCUUGGUCCUCACCCCGAGCCAACAGCAAGCCGGAGGGGAGGGGCCAGACGGCGUGGCCAAAGGGAAAUCUGUGGAUGCAGAUGGAGCGCUCAGGGGCUGGUUUCCAAAGAGUCACAGCAGCCUGGAGAGGCUCCGAGGGCUGGACGAGAGGAACGAGGACGGGGACAGUGUGUGUGAAAGUCCUCCGCUUCAGGACUUCCUCCUCACUGCUGCGGACAUACUGGACCUCUGUUUGACCGUCAAACUGGUGGUUCUGAGGUUGUACCCGGAGUCCAGCAGCAGGAUCUCGGCUGACGGAGUGGUGGGUCUGACCCGAGCCCUCCUGGCUGCAGGUGUCCAGUGCGUGUGCGUCUCCCUGUGGCCCGUACCAGUCGCCGCCGCCAAACUGUUCACACACACCUUGUACACCGCCUUCCUAAACGGGACCAAAGCCAGUGCGGCUCUGACGGAGGCAAUGAAGGCGCUGCAGAACAGCAAACACUUUUCCCACCCGUCCAACUGGGCUGGCUACAUGCUGAUUGGCGGUGACGUGAAGCUCAACAGUCCCAUGUCUGUGGUCGGACAAGCCCUGGCAGAGAUCCUUCAGUACGCAGAGAAGGCCAGGGAUGCCCUCAGGGUGCUGCUGCACCUGGUUGAGAAGUCCUUGCAGCGCAUCCAGGGCGGCCAUUGUAACCCAAUGUACACGUCGCAGCAAAGCGUUGAGAAUAAGGUUGGGGGGGUUCCGGGAUGGCAGGCCCUCCUGUCGGCCGUGGGCUUUCGGCUGGACUUCUCUGGUAGCGGUGCAGGACUCCCUGCGGCCGUUUUUUUCCCGACGUCGGACCCUGGAGAUCGGCUGCAGCAGUGCAGCACCACCCUGCAGUCUCUACUUGGUCUGACCCCCCCGGCUCUGCAGGCUCUCUGUAAACUCGUCACGGCGUCUGAAGCAGGAGACCAGCUCAUUCAGAAGCUUCACCAAGUCCUGGUGCAGCUGCAGUCGGGUGACAAAGAUCAAGACUUUCCGCUGGCUCCCAUUCAAGUGUCGAUAAGCGUGCAGCUCUGGAGGCUUCCGGGCUGCCACGAGUUCCUGGCUGCGCUCGGUUUUGAUCUGUGUGAGGUUGGUCAGGAAGACGUCGUCCUGAAGACUGGGAAACAGGCCAGCAGGCGCAACAUGCAUUUCGCCCUCCAGUCUCUUCUUGCGCUGUUCGACUCCACAGAACUUCCUAAGCGGCUGAGUAUGGACAGUUCCUCCUCCCUGGAGUCGCUGUCCUCAUCCCAGUCGGCCUCGCAGCCUCAGUCGUUGCCGCUGUCUCUCAGCUGCUACCCUCCUCAGCCCUCCUUCCUGCCCCCCGUGUGUCCCGACAACCUCUCCUGCGACGCUAUCUCCGUCUACAGCCUCAGCUCCCUCGCCUCCUCUCUCAGCUUCCUGUCCCGUCCUGAACCUGCAGGAAGCGACAUCACUAGCCAGCGCUCGCAUCAACAAGAGCCAGAGAGACUCUGCGGAGGAGCCGGCCUGUACGCCUCACACCGGCAGUCAGGUGGCCUGGCGAGAGGUCGCCUGAACAAUCACGGGGGAGGAUUAGCGGAAGGGGAGGAGGAGGAGUACGAAGGCUUCUCCAUCAUCAGCAGUGAGCCGUUGGGACGAGGAGGAAGGGAAUGUGACACACUGCCGCUGCCUGCAGGACACAGACAUGGCAGAGGGGGUGCUGGGAAAACGUCAGUGGGGGGCCCUCCUUUAACCGUUUCAUCCAAGGGAAGCAUCAGCACACCAACAUCCCCCCUGAAAGCACCGCCGCUGCCCCUCAAAGGCCUCAGCGGCCCCAAGAUCAGACAGGAAAUCUCAUCUCCUCCACGGACUGGGAAAGGGAAGGUCAGCAGCUCUGAGUCGGAUCAGUCGAGCACCGAGACAGACAGCACCGUCAAAUCUCAGGAGGAGAGAAUGGGGCCUGCAGGACAAAUGGAUCCACAGGAACUGGCCCAGAAGAUCCUGCAAGAGACCCAGAACCACAUGCAAGCUGUGGAGAGCCUGCAGAAAGCACACGUCAGAGGGAAGACUCUGAGAGUAGCCGAGGGACAGGAAGACGCUCACAGCAGACAGACGUCUCAGUCCACACCCACAACCCCCACUUUCACACCUGCAGGUGGAGCGCGGCGGUUUCAGCCCUCUGAGACCAGUGCAUUCAGCAGACCUCCCAGCAGGGCCAGUCUGCAGGCGUCUUUGUCUCCUCUUUCUGUCAAAACACCUCCUCCAACUCGACCUAAACCUCCAUCUCGCUCCUCCUCGCUGCAGAAAAUCGCUUCAGGCUACAACAGUCCAGCCAACGCCUCCCCUUCUUCGUCAGUCUUGGUCACAGAGAAGAGUUCACCCCAUCCUGUGGUUUCCCAUGAUGUGCGGCUGCAGGCUCCGCUCAAACUUAAAUACUCAAGCUCAGCUUACACUACCCACAUCUCACCUUCACACUCUCCUGCCGGCACCGCCCCGUCUCCAGCCCUUUCCUAUUCCUCUGCAGGGUCCAUUUCAGCCUCGUCCAGCCCGGCAAACACCCCCAACCUCACCCGGUCCAUGCAAGAUAAUAAAUCCCAUCCGGUCAACAACGUGAGAACCUUCAGGUCCGGUGCCGGUCAGAAACAGGAGCCCUGCCCGGGCAGUUUAUUCCGAGGAGGGAAUAAGAAAAUGAGUACAGUUCAGAGAGAUGUUUUAAGUUUGCUGGAUCUCUCUCCUCGACACGAGUCUGCCAGGAAACACAUGGACACACCUGAGGACGACAGCUCUGACCGCAGACCAAACGGUCACCAAAAACAGGAGGUGGGAGCGCCUCCAUCUUCAUCUGCUGGACCUCCCACAAACUCUAAAGGCGGCAUCAGACUUUCCUCUGGGAAUGGCUACAAGUUUCUCUCACCUGGACAGUUUUUCCCAUCUUCUAAAUGCUGAGUUUGGAUAUUUGCCCUGCUGACUCGGGGUCUGUGUUUGUACAGAAGAGAAUUUUUCACUCAGAUGCAUUUUUAACACUUCCUGCUGAAGACGAAACCAUAGCGUUACUGUUUCAUACAAACCUGAUGUUACGUGCUGAUAACUUUGUUUUUGUGACGGAUGUAAAUUAUCUGAAUGUGAUGUUGGUGCCUUCUCAAACACUCUGACAAGAAGUGCUCGAGUCUCUGGCUUUAAAUGUGUUGUCAUGUCUGACAAUGGAGCACGUUCCUGGAAGUACACUGAAACUUUACAACUGAACUAAACGCUCACUAUGUCUGUGUAAGUCCACUAUGAUUUAUUAUCUAAUAAUUAUUGUUGAUAAGUGUCAUUACCAAUGAUUAAUCUUGUCACAUUCAGCUGUUUUUCAUUCAUUGAAACACUUUUUCUAAAGACUAUUAAAACAAGACAGUAAAAAACAUUUUUAUGGUUAAUUAAUUUCAUGCGUGAUUGCUGUUGAGCGUUUUACUUUAAUUUUCUAAUGUUCACUUUUGCAGGAAUCCGUCUCUGAUACUCUCAGUCACGAAUAUAAAUAAAAAUGUUCCUUUUUUGUGUUGAUUCA